AUUUUUUCUGUGCUUGCUGCAACCAAGAAUAAACAAGCGAGACCGUAAAAAUGAUGUCCCUCGCCAGCGUCUAUCAGUCGGUGGGUUUGUCGUUCUUGGGUCAACAAGAGCCGCACGGCCACAACAGAGGAACGGCGGAGCAGCAGGGUAGGUUGACGGCUUUUAGGGAGGCAACUGGGCGAUGCAGGGCAUAACUCCGUGCUUUCCUGUGUUUCCUGGUGGCGUUUGCGUGUCGCUACUAGAGUUCCGGCUCCGGAAGUGGUGUAGGCAGGAAGGGCAAGAAGAGAAGUCUUGCUUAGGACCUGCCUUUUCUUAGGCGCCUGCUUUGACGCAAGGAAGGGCAAGCAGAGGAGGCUUGUUUGGAACCUUGUGGUUGUGCGGAGGUUGAUUAGUGCGGUAUGGAAGUAGGGGUGGCAAUAUUGCGCCUUUCUUAAGCCGGGGCUGAUUGAAGGGCUCGGCCUUCCUUCUUCUCGGCAACUCCCCGAGUUUGGCCGUUCACAGCUAAGCAGGGUGGUGCUUCGUCAAGCUCUGGCGGUGAUAAGUUGAAACACUACUCGCUCGCCAGCUAUUUACAGAUAGCACGUUUAAACAGCUACAGCUACUCGCUCGCCUGAAGAAGCGAGCACCCGACUGAUUUCUCUUUGCUGAAGAAAGUGGAACUGGUACUGGUACUGGAAGAACCGAUCCGAGCUCUUCAGCUUCCUUCCGCUUUCUUGUAUACCGAUUCGGCGAGUACUCCUUUGAAAAUUUUUCUUUGGAUGCCAUUUGCAUUUUUUUCAGUCGAUGACAUUUCUGGAUCAUUACAAAUGCACGGACUCAUAAUUAAGACGCAACAUUCGACGUCGGCCUUUUCGGGUUUCUGAGUUUAUUCUCGAAGUAGAUCACGUCAUCCAGACGCACUUUUCAUUUUUUUUGAAUUCUACUUCUUCAAUACUCAGUCACUCUGUACAGAGUUUGUUUGAUUUACUCAGGUAGGCUUUUACUUUCAGAAUACAAACUACGUUGCUCCUCCGCAUCAAUCUUCUGGGCGCCCUGUUCGCAAACUCUUGCUGCGCUGUGACAGAAACAGACAUGACCUCGCUAUUACCAGCUAACGAUCGUUUGCACCAUCUCUUGUUCCUCUUUUUCGCUUGCUACAAUGCACACGACAUGGAAAAUGAGUGAACCGGGGAAAGAAUAAAUGCGGUCUGAAACGUCGUGGAGUAGUAUUUGAUACCAAAGUGGAAACGUGCUGUCCAAAGGAACCUGUGCCGGGGGAGCACGCCGGUUGUCCUCACACAAGCAUGUUGAGUCCGCUGAAGCCGGUCGCAAACACGUCGGCGUUGCAGUAUGACUACGCCCGCGGUUUGCCAUGGAUGGUCCUGCUUAUGUUUCAGUUCGCGGUGCAACCAAUCGUCACACAGCACCUCUCGGGAGGUAAGUCAAAGAUCUCUGUGCGACGCGCUGUGAGUACUAAAGAGAAUGAAAAAAAGUCAUAUUCUUUGCUGGGCACGUGAUCUGUGUUUCGACCUUGAUCUGAUCGUAAUACGCAACAUUGGUCAUUGUUGGCAGCGGCAAGAAAGAGAAACGAAGGAAUAAACCAUGCCCAGAUUACGCCCGCCGCGACCCUGUGGUGAAUCCACGCGUGAUGGUUCUGUUGACCGAGGGUUCCAAAAUUUUUUUUUCGCUUGCGGGACUCGCCGUUAUCGGGAAGUUCAAAUCCAGCAUGCGCUCGCUGUCGUGGGAAACGUCAGUGGUGCCCGCUUUCAUUCCCAGCGUAAGCUACAGCCUGCAGAACAUAUUCAUUUACCUCGCUAUGCUCAGCCUGGAUCCGGUCGUGUCAAAUCUACUCAACCCGACAAAAGUGGCAUUUACCGUCUUUUUUACGUAUUUCAUCCUUGGCCGCCGAACAAACGCCCGAGAAAUGGUAUUGUAGAUUUUUCGUAUUCUACAUCUACUAGCUUUUGCAUAAAGCUAUUGGCGCAGCUUAUGGUGUUUGUGUCAAGCUCAGUGUCUCGUACGUAAAUGAAGUGAUGUAGAUGAUGAGGUGCAAGACGUGCUUCGUUGGACCUAGAAGCAGAAGGAAUAAGAAAAUGAAUUUAGUAGAAUUCGCAACACUUAGGUCGCCGUUCUGCUGCUUUUCUGUGCCGUCGUCCUUCUUAGGCUUACGGAAGCCGGCUCGUCGACGCCGAACCCACGGGACGCUGAGCUUGGAGUAUUUACGCUCGGAUUCGUAUAUGCCCUCGGCGCUGCAUUUUUGUCGGGCUUUGGCUCUGCAAUGUGCGAACGGUCCAUGUUGCUGACCUCGAAAUCCUCGGUGAGCACUCAACCGAAAAAGUUGUUUUCAGGGAACAACUACAAUAAAGAUGGCAGAAGCGACGCCACGACCGAAGCAGGCACAGACCACGAAAGCAAGACUGAUGCAGAAACCUCCAAGCUGCAGGGCACAACGGCAGGGAGCGCAGCUGCCACAUCGAGCCAAGACUCCGAGAAGGAGAUGCACAGCGACAGGAAUAAUUCCGUGACAGGACCCUCAACUACGUCACCGGGAACAACAGUUUACAAGUUGCAAUCCAAUGCGAAGACAAGUCGAGACCGGAAUCGCACUCCAGGAGAAAAUCGAAGCAAGACACGAAAAACUGCUGCUGGCACUGCUUCAGAAGCGAGUGCUUCGGCGACGAGCAGUAGAGCUGCAAGUAGACCGAAGGAGAUAAGCACAACCACAGGAACAAGUGAUUCGACAUCUUCUACUCCCAGUCCUGCACCACAAGGCAAGAAGAACGCGUAUCUGUUCUCGCUGGAGCUGUCGUGUGCGACUUUUUCGCUGACGGCUUUACAAAUCCUCGGAGUGUACGCCUACGACCUGCUCUGGCUGCCUCCACAAGACAGAAUGGCGCUAUUUCCAUCCAUAUCCAGUGCAAAUGAAAAUAUGUCUGGGUCUGGAAACCUGGUGGAUCAUUGCGCCACGACUUUUUUGGUGAUGCAGCACAGAUUUUGCAAUUGCAGGAAUGCGAAACAACAAGCAUCAGAGGGGGUAAGUAGCUGCUCUUUUCCAGACCCAGACAUAUUCGCAGUCGAUAAUCCAAAACCGUGCACAUUCCGGAGCUACUAAGCUGCGUGCCGCUGCUGUUGCAAGCGUCUGGUGGGAUCGUGGUUGGACAGGUACCUACUUACUACUCAGAAAGUCGUAUUGCAGGAGCUACAAAGCGCCGCUGGUAUCAUGGACGAGGCGGGUAUGCUUAGCUUACACAUAAUAUGCGAGAAGUAGAUGAGUCCAAAAAUUGAAAGCUAAUAAAUCGGCAUCUAGUUGUAGCACUAUGAUUUAUGUUUAUCGUAUUAUGUAUGCGUUCCUUUUUAUCCCACGAAAAAACUGUUUCACUGUGAUGACUUUGCAAGAUCUGCAUCACAAAUUAGUUACACAUGACACUCAAAAUUUGUCAUGCGCGCUUCCCAAGGGAAAACACGCUUGCAAAUCCAGUGUCUUGCAGGUGUAGCAAGACAAAUAGUUCUGUGUCCCAUUUUCUGCAUCACAAGUUCACACUGAAACAGUUUUUUCUUGCGAUACUUUUUAGGUGACCAAGUACGUCGGCGGCGUCGCGAAGGGCUUCACCAUCGUAUGCGGCAUCGUGCUGACGGCGGUUCUGAACGUGAUGCUGCAAGGGAGGUACCCGUCUCAGCCUCUGGUGGGUGCCGUCGGCUUGGUAAUUCUCUCGGUGUAUCUGCAGGCCACCGCCGCAUCUCGGCCAGGACCAGCGAAACUGAAGCAAGCGUGAGCUGGAGGUGUAGUCGUUGUUGACCCAUCUUCGCGAAUCGCUAGUUUUUAAGUUGAUGGAAACUAAACGUCAUGGCUGCGAGCUGUCAUUCUGCAUCUCCUUCUUCAUUGCUCGCAAGAGCAAAAAUCCCUUCAAGCAGGCUGCUCGGCUUCGGGAGCAGACCCAAUAGUAAAGCGAAAAGACACUUUGUACUGACGUCGCGUUAGCAUCAGCGUGCUGGCGAUAAAAUCCACAACGGUGCAGCACUUUUGGGAGUCUCUCCAAUAAGUAGAAUGUCUACAUCUAGCUCUAGGUUUCUACGGGCUGUGAAGCGAGUAGGCCGAAACAAGAGUGAGAAAAGUGAGUUGCUGAAUUUGCCUCUGCUAUCGACUAGCUUGUUGCACAGCAAGCAUGUUGUUGUUUGAGUGCAUCAAGAGUAUUGCUGAUCAUAGGGUGCGCAGUCCUCUCGUCAGUCAGACAUGCACAUAGAAACCGUUGUCACAGCAAGGCUUGAAUUAUGCCUAUUCGAAAAAUAUACAGAAGCAGAACGCCUUCUUCCCCUGCAGUGCCUCCCUGUGGCGUGAGAGACAUAUCUAGAUUUCUGAGCUUCAUCGUUAUCGUAAUGCAUAAACUUCU